AUGGCCAGUCGAGUGCAAGUGGUGUUUGAGGAUUCCGUCGAGACGGUGGAAAGCGCAACGCGGGUGCGGGUGCAGGAUCAGGACUUGCACCUGACGUUGUUGAUGCAACCAGAUGAGCUCGCGCCGCUGUUUUCUGGAGCUGCGUGGGCCGGUACGAUACUAUGGGACGCUGCGGUGCACUUGGCACGUCGGGUGUUGACGACGUAUCGUCGGCAACUGGAAGAUCCGAAUAACGCCCUGCGGAUUCUCGAGCUGGGCGCCGGCAUCGGCGUACCGGGUAUGGCAGCCCGAGUCGCCGGGGCCAAACACGUGGUGCUCACGGAGCAGAACGAGCUGCUGCGACUGCUGAACGUGAAUUUGGCGGCCAACAAUGCGGUACUGCGUCUUCCAAGUGCUACAGCUGCUGCAGUUGCAACAAAGUCGGACGAGAUGGAUAGUGACGAGGGAGCGAUCGUGGCGAGACCGCUGAGCUGGGGCGUGCAGCAGACGAUGGAGUAUGUGGCUCAGUACCGUGACGAGAAGGUGGACGUGGUGCUGUCGUGCGACUGCAUCUACGAACCGCUCUAUGGUACGUCUUGGCGAGCAUUGGCACAAACGAUGGAGCUGCUAUGUGUAGCAAACCCCAACUGCGUGGUGCUCAUGUGCGUCGAGCGUCGCAACGAGGACGGGGUCGACAAGUUCCUCACGUUCGUGGCAAAGGAGACGAAGCUCAUGUGCAAGCUGGACGAGCAAACGACUGGUACGGACAACAACCAACUCGAGGUGUACAUUCUGGGUCUUUCAGCUAGCACGUGA